AUGCCUUACAGCCGUGCACCAUCCUUCUAUUCCUCCAACCCGACAUGUCAUAAAUGGGACCCGGAAACAGUUCUCGGGCUCAUCAACCCGUGUAGAGGCUUCAUCACCUGCGUGGGCACGGCACCUUCAAUGGGGAGAAGAUGCCGAAACAAGCCCGCCGCAGCAACCAUCGGCUGCGGCCAGAGCAUACUCAACAAGCUAGCACGCCAAGAUGCGUCCAAGGCAGCCCUUUCGCCCGAUCUCGAGAAAGCCGCCGAGCACAUGCUGUGUUAUCUCCACGGCCUCCGAGCUCGGAAUGCGCGCGGCAAUCAAGCUUCCCAUAUAGCUAAAGAUUGGCAAUCCGACCUGGAGGACUGGGCGGCAGACAACGAGACGGUCAGCUCAUGCGAUAGCGAUAAUGACAGUAACAGCGGAGGCGGCAGCGACCAUGGCAGCCACGGCGCAACCGCGCCCAGUCGUUUUCCACUGAGCUUCAAUGCCGGUGCCAACUUCAAGAAAGAGGCGGAAGACGAUUGUUCCAACGAUGAGCUCAAGGCCAUGAUGAAGCAGAUGCAGGACAAUCUGGCCCGGUUACAAGCCGAGAUGAAGCGGAGAGACACGCACACCGCCCAGCCGACGAGCACCCAGGCACAGGAGCAGCGCCAAGACAGGAUAGAACAAGAAGAACAGAUACGGCGGUGUCGGGAAGACGAGGAGCGCAAGAGACGAGAACAAGCGCGUUGCGAAGAAGAAGUUCGGAAGAGGACCCAGGAACGCCAGCGCAAGGAAAGGGAAGAGCGCGAGAGGGCCUUCCAAGAGAAAGUGCGCAUAGCCCAGGAGAAGCGCGAGCGCGAGGCUCGAGAGCAGGCACAGAAGGAACAGGCGGAGUGGCGCACGGCAUGGGACCGGUAUACCAGUGCUUGGGACGAUUGGGAAGUGGCAUACCGAUAA